AUGAACGAGCCGGCGGCGCCUUGCAUCAUCUCUUUCACCCUGCAGCAACUGGCGUUGAUUCUGAUCGGUGGUUCGGCCAAUCGAGACGCCGACACCAAUAUCAGUAGUAUAAUCGUAUCCGAGUUUCCCUCCAGAUUGGGGGCAUGUACCACGCCCGUUCAGCAGCAGUUCAUCCAGACCACCCUCUCGUUCUUUACCCCCCACGCACCACAUGAGUAG